AUGAUGGAUAAUCCGAGCUACGGAUCCGCUCACAUGUCAUCGCCCGCGCUGGUAGUGUUCUCGCAAGCAACGAAUGGAUUAAGCGACGCCUUGCGCAUACAACGUCCCUUUCACACGCAACUGCCCGACGCCAAGGACCUGCACCAUCUCUCCCUGAUGAGCGGGUACGGCGCCCACCUUCUUCACGGCUUCCAGCCACACUUCCUGCAUCCGCUCAACCCGGCCGUAUCGACCGCCAGUGGAUCGAGCCCGUUCAGUGGUGGUGGAGCCUUUGUCAAACCGUUCCCGUCCAAUCUGCCCCUACCGUCGGCAUUUGCGCCCCCGAAAUGUCUCGGUUUCGGUAUCGAUCAGAACAUCUUCUCGAAGGGGCUCCUGUUCGGUUCGUCCGGUUCCGGUUCCGAGUCCUUCCGGACGGAUUCGUCCAGUCCGGCGUGCACCUCGCUAUCACCACCGGCCAAAGAUGAAUCGCUCGAAGGCCAAACCAGCGAGGAUGGUGAUCGCGAGCGGGAUCGCAUCUGCAGCCCCGAACGCAGCCCGGAAACGCCCGGAUUUCGACGAAUUGGCCCACCGAAGAAAUCCUUCGUCGGUACGCCACCCCCAAACGCGUGCCCCAUCUGUGGCGUUCAGCUCUCACCAACUGACCUGGAGACCCACUUUUCGGCCGAGCUGACGCGGCUCACCAAGAUGACGACGCACGCGGAACGGCUCGAACUGCGGCGGACGCUCAGUGUCGAUCUGCACACGGUUCAGAACAACCUGCAGGGACGCACGAGCCGUUGGGAGACGUUUAAGAACAUCCGCAACAAGCGCCAGGAUCGGCUGCGCGGGAAGCUACGAAAGCGAAAGUUCGACGGCACCGAGGACGGUGGUUUUGGGCUGCAGCUGACCAACAUUGCCUGCCAAUCGUGCCCGGUUUGUCACGGCCGGUUGCAACGCACGCAGGAAGAAAUCGCCCAACACAUCGAGGAGUGCGUGCGGAAGCAACAGCACCAGCAAUCGCCACAACAGCAGCAGCAACAGCAACAGCAACAGCAACAACAGCCAUCGGUGCAACCUCCCCAACAACACACGCCACCCACGCUGCACCCGCAUCACCACCCACACCACCACCCGCAUCAUCACCCACACCACCAUCAUCAGCAGGUGGUGGCGGCGGCGGCAGCAGCAGCAGCAGCGGCAGCAGCCGUAGCCUCCCAGCAACCGUCCAACCCGUCCCAGGACGAGGACGAAACGGUUGACGUGGAAAGCUACGGGGAUGAAACGUCCAACGGUGCGAUCAACAUGUCGUCCUCGAACGUGAUCCAUCACACGAGUGCGGCGGGGUUGUUGCACCACCAUCACCCACACCACCACGCACCACCCGGUGGCAUCAACAACAACAACAACAACAACACGAUCCUCAAACCGGACACGGGCGCGCUGACUAAAAUGCCGCUGGAAGAGAGCGCCAUCACAUCGCUCAGCUCGAUCGUACCCCAUUGGGACCGGAAGUCACGGUUAACCCUCCCAUUGGGGGGUUGUAAACCCCCGCCCGCAUCCGGUGGACCGGAAGCUGAUCCCCGGCCCUGGACGACGGUGGUUAAACCGCGCCUACUCGGAACGUCCCCAUUCGAGUCUGGUCCGGCGGCGGCAGCUGUUGCGGCGGCUGCUGCAGCAGCUGCAGCAGCAGCAGCAGCAGCUGCUGCCUCUAGCGAUCACACGAUCACGCGUGUCACACCGACAAGCAGCGAUCAGCGGAUCGAUGUGGAUUAUGAUCACGAGCACGAUCACAGCCAGGACAUGGUGACGGACAACGACGAGGAGGUGAUCGUGGACAACACCGACGACGAGGAUUGCAUGAAACGGCCACGGCCAGGACCGGCACACGCACACCACAACGGUCACGGUGCGGCUGGGACGGGGACACUCGCCAACGGACUCGGAGACAAGAACAGCACCGAGGAAGCGACCUCGUCCGUGGAGAUCGAUUCGGCCACCGAUUCGAUGCCGUCCCGGACGGCCGGUACCACACCGAACUCGGACUCGUACGUCAGCACGUCCGAGUCGGCUGAACCGUCCUCGAAGGCGCAGGUCCUGGAAGAGCUUAAGGCCCGGAUACGGGAGCUGGAGGGUUCGCCGCACUACAAGUGUUUCAUAUGUAAGGAAAAAUGUAAAACAUUGAUCAUAUCGAAAAUCUGUGGACACUAUCUCUGCGAGGAGUGCUGGAUAACGGAAUCGGAAUCGUCCAAAUCUUGCCCCCGGUGCAAGAUCAUCACAGCGAAUUCGGAUUUUAGAAAAAUUCAUGCUUAA